AUGAUGGCUGGAUGUUGUGUUUCGGCGGAGGAGAAAGAGAACCAGAGGAUCAACGAGGAGAUCGAGAAGCAGUUGAGGAGAGACAAGAAGGACUCUCGCAGGGAGCUGAAGCUGCUGCUAUUAGGUACUGGAGAGAGUGGAAAGAGCACCUUUAUCAAACAAAUGAGGAUUAUCCACGGAGGAGGAUACUCAGAAGAGGACAGGAAGAGCUAUGCCAAACUGGUCUACCAGAAUAUCUACACGUCCAUGCAGACCAUGAUCCGAGCCAUGGAGACACUCAGUAUAGCUUUCUCUGAUUCCAACAACCAGAGUAUUGCAAACUCAGUCCUGGAUGUGGAAGUGGAUAAGGUGGAGGAGUUAGAUCUGAAGCAUGUAGCAGGCAUCGGGAAUCUGUGGAACGAUGGAGGAGUACAGGAGUGCUAUGACCGACGCAGGGAGUACCAGCUGUCCGACUCCACAAAAUACUAUCUCACUGACCUGGAUCGAAUUGCAAAGCCCUCUUACAUACCUGACCUUCAGGAUAUCCUCAGAGUCCGAGUGCCAACCACGGGGAUCAUCGAAUAUCCCUUUGACAUGGAGAAUGUCAUCUUCAGGAUGGUGGAUGUGGGGGGUCAAAGGUCAGAGCGGAGGAAGUGGAUCCACUGCUUUGAGAACGUCACGUCCAUCAUUUUCCUGGUGGCGCUCAGCGAGUACGAUCAGGUCCUGGCCGAGUGCGACAACGAGAAUCGUAUGGAGGAGAGCAAGGCAUUGUUCAAAACCAUCAUCACCUACUCCUGGUUCCAGCGCUCCUCUGUCAUCCUUUUCCUCAACAAGACUGACAUCAUCAAGGAGAAAAUCAUGUACUCUCACUUAGCAGACUACUUUCCUGAUUUCACAGGACCUCAGCAGGAUCCCACAGCUGCUCAAGAAUUCAUCCUGAAAAUGUACCAAGAACAAAACCCAGACAAGGACAAGACCCUGUACCCUCACUUCACCUGCGCUACAGACACAGAAAACAUCCGCUUCGUCUUCGUGGCCGUCAAAGACACCAUCCUCAGACACAACUUGAAGGAGUUCAAUCUGGUGUGA